UCCUGUCCAUUAUUUUUGGCACCACAUUAACUCAAAAGAAUUUGCUUACAUAAACAUUUCCAACCUAAUCCACAAAUAUUCUAAAACGAAAUAUAUUUCACAAACUAAAUGCCAACAACAAUUCCAAUUCAGCUUGAUCAGUAGUUGAGACCCUUUUGUCCUACUAAACCACUAGGACUUUCGUCAAUACUAUUUAACCCCCAUCUAUUUUUUUGAUUACAUAAAAUUGUUCCUAGUAAUAAUUUUUCUCUCAGACAAUUUAUCAAACAUAUAAUAGACAUGUCGGAUACGGCUAUUCCGGAGGCUCCGCCGGCUGCCUCUGCCACUGCCACUGAACCGUAUGAGGUGGACGAAUGCCGGGGAGUCCUCCGAGUCUAUAGCGACGGCUCAAUUGUCCGGUCCACCAAACCAAGCUUCGAAGUGCCUGUAGAAGACGACGGCUCUGUGCUCUGGAAGGACGCCUUUUUCGACCCAGAACGCAAUCUUCAGCUCCGGCUAUACAAGCCGGCUACAGCGACGUCGUCGAAGAAGGUCCCGAUCUUUUACUAUAUUCAUGGAGGAGGGUUCUGCAUUGGCUCACGUGCAUGGCCCAAUUGCCAGAACUACUGCUUCAAGCUGGCUAAGGAGCUUGAAGCGGUGAUCAUAUCUCCUGACUAUCGGCUGGCGCCGGAAAACCGGCUUCCGGCUGCUAUUGAAGAUGGGUUCAUGGCAGUGAAAUGGCUUCAGGCCCAAGCCGUGGCUGAGGAGCAGGAUACAUGGCUCACUGAUGUAGCUGACUUUGGCAGUGUGUUCAUUUCGGGUGACUCGGCUGGUGGAAAUAUAUCUCAUAACUUGGCGGUUAAGCUUGGAGCCGGCUCACCUCAGCUGGCGCCGGUUAGAGUAAAGGGCUAUGUUCUUCUGGCUCCUUUCUUUGGCGGGACUGUGGUUACCAAGUCCGAAGCUGAAGGGCCAAAAGAUGCAUUCUUGAAUUGGGAGCUCAGUGACAGGUUUUGGAGGCUAUCAGUACCAGCUGGGGAGACUACUGACCAUCCACUAAUAAACCCAUUUGGACCCUUAAGCCCCAACCUGGAAAUAGCUGAUCUUGAUCCCAUCCUAGUGGUUUGUGCAGGAAGUGAUUUAUUGAAAGAUAGGGUUGAGGAGUAUGCAAAGAAGUUGAAAGGCUGGGGAAAGAAAGCUGAGUACGAGGAAUUUGAAGGACAGCAACAUGGGUUUUUCACUAUAAAUCCCAACUCUGAAGCUUCCAAGAAGUUGAUGGGAAUCAUUAAACAGUUUAUUACUGAAUAUGCUGCCUAAGUACUCAAUGUUUAAUGAGCCUUUUCAAACGAAGAAGAAAAGGAACAGUUGAGGCCUCAUUUGUGUUUAGCAAUUGUACGUCUUUCUGUUCAUGUCAUCAUGUGUUCCGUAAUUGCUCAAAUAAUAUCUCAUGUUACAAAUUUGUGCCAA